GCCCCAGGAUCACGGAGCAGCUAGCCCAGCCGCCAGAGCAGCAAGGCAUCCAUCCAUUCCAAGCCUCCAAUAAAUCCAGCUUAAUUAGUUCCACACAAAGAGCGCGUGGCGAUCGAGGAAAGGAACCUAUGCCUCUGCGGUCGCCGCCGGGGGCAGCCGAUCGGAAUGCCGCGUCGCCCAAGCUCCUCGACCGCGGCGCCGCCGCCGACAUGCCGGCGAGGUCGCCCAAGCUGCUCAGGAGCAACUCCUCCAAGAAGGUAGCGGCGGCGAGCAGCCUCGAGCGGGCCAUCCUCAGCUUCAAGACCUGGGAGCCGGACGCCACCGACGCCGCCGCUUGCGCUGCCGCCCGUGCUCCGGCGGCCGACCAUGCCGCGCCGCCGUCGCCCGUGCGCCGCAUCCACGGCGCGAGGCCGGGGCGGCUGGCCCUCGGCCCCCAGAGCCCCCUCGCCGCCGCCCGGAGGCAGCCGCCGGAGCAGGGCGCGCGCUCGCCGCUGCACGAGGCCGCCGCCACCACGGUGCAGAAGAUGUUCAAGGGCCACCGUACGCGCCGGAGCCUCGCCGACUGCGCCAUCGUGGUGGAGGAGCUUUGGUGGAAGCUCUACGACCAGGCGUCGCUGGACCGCAAGUCCGUCUCCUUCUUCGCGGGCGGCAAGCAGGAGACGGCGGCGUCGCGGUGGGUCAGGGCCGGCAAGCGCAUCGCCAAGGUCGGCAAGGGCCUCUGCAAGGACGACAAGGCGCAGCAGCUGGCGCUCCGCCAUUGGCUCGAAGCGAUCGACCCGCGGCAUCGCUACGGCCACAACCUGCAUCUCUACUACGACAUCUGGUUCCAGAGCUCCAGCACCGAGCCAUUCUUCUACUGGCUUGACAUUGGAGCCGGACGGGAGAUCCAUCACCCGAGCUGCCCGAGGACCAAGCUCCACUCGCAGCUCGUCAUGUACCUGGGAAUGAACGAGCGCGCCGCCUACGAAGUGGUCGUGGAAGACGGGAGGCUGGCGUACCUGCAGAGCGGCCUCCUCGUCAACACCACCGACGAGUCCAAGUGGAUCUUCGUGCUCAGCACCAGCAGGUCGCUCUACGUGGGCCAGAAGAAGAAGGGCCAGUUCCAGCACUCCAGCUUCCUGGCCGGCGGCGCGACGUCGGCCGCCGGGAGGCUGGUCGCCAAGGAUGGCGUCCUCAAGGCCAUCUGGCCCUACAGCGGCCAUUACCUCCCGACCGAGGAGAAUUUCAACGAGUUCAUCAGCUUCCUGCAGGAGCACAACGUCGACCUGACCAACGUCAAGAGAUGCUCGGUGGACGACGACGAGUACCCGUCGCUGAAGCGGAAGCAGGCCUCGGACGUCGAGGCGUCGUCGCAACAGGAAGAAGAACCCAAAGAGACGGCCGGUCCGACCGCGAUGGCAGUGGCAGAGGAAGGAGCUGAUGCUCCGCCGGAGGCAGCGGACGCCGUGAGCAGCGAGACCAGCGGCCGCGCGCAGGUGAAGUGGACGAGCGGCGCCGGCGCGCGCAUCGGCUGCGUCCGGGACUACCCGGCGGAGCUGCAGAGCCGGGCGCUGGAGCAGGUGAACCUGUCGCCCAACAGGCCGGCGGCGGCGGCGCCGCAGCCGUGGCCGAUCCCGUCGCCGCGCCCGAGCCCACGGAUCAGGCUGUCGCCGCGGGUGCAGUACAUGGGCAUGGCCGUGAGCCCCGGCGUGCGGCCGCUGAAGCAGCAGUGCCUGGGCCUCCGGCCGCCGACGGUGCGCCUCACGCUGCCCAGCAGCAAGGCCAGCAACUCGACAGUUAAUCCAUCACUGAAUUGAUUAACCCGUUGGUUUCUUUUUGGAUCCAGCAAAGUACAGUAGGCAGCUAGAGUUUUACACUAAUCUGUAUUUUUGUUGCUUUUGUUCCUCAUCUGACCUGUAACUGUAAUUAAGAAAAUGGCUGCACACAGAAUGCAGCCGCCCAGCGUGUACAGACGCCAUGACCUCCACAGACUUAAUUGCUUUGUUGAUCUGAAAGGAAGAAAGAGUCAUCUGCUAUA